AUCACCAGACUUCCGUGUUAGAAACGUCAUUGUCUUGACCCUCCGCACCUGGUCGUCUCUCAAAACAGGAACCUGGAGGAGGUCUGCUCCUCGGCUCCUUCCUGCUUGUGAUCGGUGAAAACAUUACAGGUCGUCCAGCAUCAUGAGUCAGCGGACAGAGCGACGGGGGAUACAUGUCGACCAAUCAGACCUGCUGUGCAAAAAGGGAUGCGGUUACUAUGGCAACGCAGCAUGGCAGGGCCUUUGCUCCAAGUGCUGGAGGGAGGAAUACCAGCGGGUACGGCAGAAACAGAUCCAGGACGACUGGGCCUUGGCAGAAAAGUUGCAGCGAGAGGAGGAAGCAGCAUAUGCCAAUAGCCAAGGAGCGCAGUCCCAGUCCCAGUCCCAGUCCCAGUCCCAGUCCCAGUCCACAGCACCACAGCCACACCCGGGGCACGCCUCGCUAGGUCCCUUCUCCAAGUUUGAGGAGAAGAAGACCAAUGAGAAGACACGCAAAGUGACCACUGUUAAGAAGUUCUUCAGCCCUUCAUCUCGGACUGCUCCCAAGAAAGAAAUCCAAGACGGCAAGACAACCAGUCCGUCCAUCAGCCGCCAUGCCAGCUUCGAUACGGACCAAGUGUCCAAGGACUUUGUGGAUUUCUUGAAAAACCUCCAGAAGCCCGGACGGGAGAUCCAUAAGCAGUGCAGAGCCUUCCUUGUGAACAUGUCAAGCAAGAAGGACCUGAGUGCUGAGGAGCUGUCAGAGUGUGUUCAGGAUUUCUACCAGAACCUGUCUGACCGCUUGAUGAGCCAUUAUAAAGGCUCUUCAGAGUCUGUGGAGCAGGUGAUGGACCAAGUGGAAAAGUACAUAAUGACUCGUUUGUAUAAGAGCGUAUUCUGCCCAGAAACCUCUGAUGAUGAGAAGAAGGACUUGGCCACACAGAAGAGGAUAAGGGCCUUACACUGGGUGACCAUCCAGAUGCUCUGUGUGUCUAUGGAUGAAGAAAUCCCUGAAGUCUCUGAGAAUGUGGUCAAAGCAAUAACAGAUGUUAUUGAGAUGGACUCAAAGAGGGUUCCCCGGGACAAAUUGGGGUGCAUCACACGCUGCAGUAAACAAAUCUUCAGUGCCAUUAGGAUCACGAAGAAUGAGCCGGCCUCAGCUGAUGACUUUCUCCCCGCUCUCAUUUACAUUGUGCUGAAGGCUAACCCUCCACGACUCCAGUCCAACAUCCAGUACAUCACCCGCUUCUGUAACCCCAGCAGACUGAUGACCGGAGAGGACGGAUACUACUUCACCAACCUGUGCUGUGCGGUGGCUUUUAUCGAAAAGCUGGACGCUCAAUCUCUCAACCUUUCCCCAGAGGAUUUUGAGCGCUACAUGUCAGGCCAAGCCUCACCACGAUUCAACAGCUCUGAGGGUGACUGGCCAGACACCGGUUCUGCACUUGGCGUAUCUGCCACCAACCCUGUCCUGGCUCAGAUCAACCACAAUCUGGAGCUGCUGUCGGGCCUCAGCAGCCGGCAGGAGACGCUGAUGAAGUCUGCGCAGAGCCUGCAGGCCGACCUCCUCUCCUGGCCCGAGGGUGUUCAGCGGGAGGUGCAUGACAUCCUGGAGAAAUACCCUUUAGAGAUUCUGCCUCGCACAGUUUCUGCUAUUGAUGCCAACAACGUGGACAAUGACAACCUGCCACCACCCCUCACGCCCCAGGUAUUCGCUGGGUAGUGAAUUCUACAAAGGGAGGAAAAACAUUUUACAUAAAGCAAAGGUACUCCUGCUACGAAAGCCCUAAGCGGCCAUCAAUUCAAAUAUUUAUUUUAGUCCGUUUUCCCGUGACGACGGGAUAAUUAUCUCGUGAUCUCAAGAUAACGAACCAUAGCUGAAUACAGGGGUCGGCAGGUGCAUUUCUUUAUGAUAAUUUCGUGGGAAAUAUGUUGAAUCAGUAGUUAGCUCAGUUGGUAGAGCGCAGGCCUCGCAUCCUGAGGCUCUCUGCAAAGUUUUUUAUUCUUCUUUUGUGUGUUUUUUAGUCAUUCUCUUCAACAAAGUUUUUAUGAAGAGAUUCAGGGGAAUCCAGUCACUCAUUUCCAAACGGCUAUUUCAGAACCUUUGAAAGGAAAUGUGUACUUUACAUUUACAUUUACUCAUUUGGCAGACGCUUUUAUCCAAAGCGACUUACAUUUGAGGAACAACAUACAAGCAUCAACAGAGCA